GAUUAUCUGAUGGCCAAUAUGAUGACAAGUUCGUCGAGAAUGCGUAACUUCCGGUUGACUGCAGUGCUUUCUCCCUUGUGUAGUUGUAAGCCUUGAACCCCAGUGCGUGUUCUUUGCGUUAAAAUCACCACCCAUUAUGAAUCUUUACCUGUGUCUGUUUAUUAAGUGUUGGUAAUCUUCAAAUUGGAUUUGAGACCUUGGAAGACUGUACACAGAGGUAAGUGAGAGUGGACUUUUAACUCCGUAAAUAGUCAAUCUUGUAGCUUGAAACUUAUCAGUUGAUAGUUGUUCUUCCUCAAAAUGUUUAAUCGUAUUUUUAAUUAUUAUUGCGCUUCCGCCAUGGACGCAAUUGCUAGGAUGAAUUGUUUAGCUCAAUAAGAAAUUGCUGAUAAAAAUCAUUUACUAUGGGAUACUGUAUUAUGAAGUAUAUCCCCUGCAAGACGGAGGUAACAGAUUGCACAAACACAUAGAAACAUUUUCAGCUGUUCACUAACACUCUUACAUUUUCUGGAAUUUUCAAUUGAAUGGGAGAAUACAAUAGGAGAAACGAAUACCCAAUUUUUCAAGAAGAAAAAAACGAAAAGCGCAGUUUAUUUUGGAUUUUAAAAGAGAGAAAACGAAAAGGCUUAACAACGAAAAAGAAAUCAUUUGGACCAUUUGUAAAAUUCAAAUCUAUUGCGUACAGCAAACAAAUAAGGGAUUUGCGACGUGGAUAUUUGAAUCCUAUCAUACAAAUGAAUUUCGAUGACCUCGUGGAAGAAAUGAAUUCCGAAGUGGAAUGCUCACAACCGUUGAGUCCCCAUAGAGAUAGAGUGUUUAAAAAAAUAUCUUACAAUCUCGUUUGCGCUCCUCCAGUAGAAGCAUCACAAAUUGUGGUACCGUCACCAUCGUCUGGCGGUCAUGCAGAUAUAAUCCAGAAGCUGGAUGCCAUUGAGACCCGUCUCACUGGAAUUGAAAAGUCCCUAACAGACAAAAUGCCAGAAAAGGCCGAGGUGCAGGCGCAAAGUAAGUUAUUGCGCGAAUGCCGCGUCAUAGCGGCAAAGACGCACCAUUCAAUUAGCCACAUCACCGGUGACUUGGAGGACGAGCGUUACGUGGAGCUCGCUUCGGAACUGCCCAUGUCAUCGGAGGAGCACGUGCGCUUCGUGGAAGACAAACUUUCACAAAAGGAAAGCACGGAUGCUAUGAUGCGGUUAAUAUUGAAGUCGAAGGGCGCAAAAGACAGUGUUGAUGGCGUACUGCGUGGUAUGUUUUCUGAUGAUUUGAUGUACCACUACAAUUUAGAGGGGCGCAAGGAGAAGGAAUCCCUACUAAAAUUAAAUAUAUUUCCUGACAAGGAUAAAAACACCAUCUGUGGGAGCUCCGGAGAUUUGCGGCCUUAAGCCACAAUCGUUUUAAGCAAAAAAAAAACAUAAACUUAAGGCAAAAUUAAUAUAAGGUUUCAUAUUAUUACUUAUAUAUAUUAGUUUUAAGUUGUAAAUAUUAGCUCUAAGUUGUAUAAAUUAGUUCUAAGUUGUAAAUAUUAGUUUUGAGUUGUAUAAAUUAGUUUUAAGUUGCACAUAUUAGUUUUAAGUUGCAUAUAUUAGUUCUAAGUUGUACAUAUUAGUUUUAAGUUGAAGUUUCUAAUUUUACUUUUACAAAUUUGAAUUUUUAGAAUUAUAAUUUUUUACUGAAAUAAACUUAAUUUGUAAUAGGCAAAUUAUUAGUUUAAGUAAAUAUUUGAUUAUUUUGAUUUUAUUAUUAAAUAAAGCGAAAUAAUAAAAAAAAAACUGAGUUUUAUUUAAAAGAAUUGAAUUUGCUAGAUAACAGAUGCUAGGUAACAGAUAAUCUUGUUAUUGCUUGUUCUUGCUAACAUGCUUAUUUGUUAAAGGUAACAAACUGAUAACCAAAAUAAUACCACUAACAGAUAUUCGGGUAACAAAUACUUUUUGUUAUCCAUAACACAUAGGUAAGCUAUGCGCUAACAAAAUAAUUUGUUACCCGUAACAUACUGUGAAGAGAUUUGCUAACAAUUGUAUUGUUACGAAUUUACUGCUUGAUAGUUCACUUUGUUAGGUUCGUAUUUCUGGAUUGACAAAUAAAAUCAACACUGUUUAAUUUAAUUCAACAACUCUUUAUUUCACAACUCGUCUACACUAUAGCAGUUUACUCUUAGCACUGAUUGAUUACGUUGGCUCUGCCACGGCUUAUAUAGCCACGCACUUCUCGCUGAUGCCGACAUGUCCUUCUAGAAUAUUGCGUCUGGAAAUUACCAGAACAUAAUGCUUUACGGCGCCAGACUCAGCAAUUGUUUAACUAGACAAGCAGGCAGUGCGGCGCCAGAUGUCUAUUGUUUCGACAAGCACAUUGUUUCCCGAUUAGGCACAAAUCCUCUUGAACCAAAUGGGGCGAGCCUCUCCAAAUGAACUACUUUCAUUUUACAUCGUGCUUUUCCAUUUCUUUGUAUGCGGUAUACCACGUCAUUAAGUCGUUUCAUCACCAUAUGGGGUCCUUCCCAGGCUGUCGGCAGUUUCGGGGACAAGCCUUUCUUUCGAAGUGGAUUGUACAACAGGACCAGAUCACCUUCUUCAAAACCUUUUGAAUUUGCCGCUUGAUCGAACCGGUCCUUCAUCUUAUUGCUCAUCAGAUGCGUAUGCUGUCUUACCAUUAGAUACAAGUCAUUCAUUUCUUCCUUUAAGGCAGAACAAUAAUCUCCAUCAUUUCUUACAGCUGUAGGAUUCGUUCCAAACUUAAGAUCAGCAGGGAGUCGCAGAUCAGAUCCGAAAAUAAUCUUUGCUGGCGUGUAACCAGUUGUCUCGUGCUUCGCUGAACGAUACGCCAGCAGGAACAUCUGGAUGCACUUGUCCCAAUUCCGUUGAUCUUUAUCGACGAUUUUCCGCAGAUGUUCUUCGAGCGUUCGAUUGAAUCUCUCUACCAUCCCAUCUGAUUGUGGGUGUAACGCUGUUGUCCGUGUCUUGUGGAUGCCCAAUAAUGUACAGACUUCUUGGUAAAUGGAAGAUUCGAAAUUUCUGCCUUGAUCUGAGUGUAAUUCGACGGGCACUCCGAACCUUGUUAUCCAAUUUUCUACA